AUGAACAUGUGCCUUGUCGAUCGCGACGAUGUGAACGGCGUCCUGAGCUACACAGCGAUGUUGGUGCAUCAAAUGGCCAUGUACUUGGGCCUGUCACUACCUUUCAUUAUCACAGCUACGCAUGGUCAUGUGGUGCUCACAGCCACUCCGUUGUACGCCGACAGCUGCCCCAAAACCCCCCAGGCAUUGGACCUGACGCCGUCCGUGUAUCGCACUCUGCGUAGGAGUUUCAGCAAUAUCGAACCUGUGGCUAUGAAAGAAAUGGUAAUGCCAGCGUCAAGUGACAUGACAUUCAUUCCCGCUGCCGCCCACCUCGCAGAACGACGGAAAAGUGCCUUGCUGCGCCCCCUUUCUUCCGCCUCCUUCUCCUCGCUAGGCGAGUUUCCCUGCGCGUGGAUGAUGCUGAUCUACAAUAUCAUCUACGUAGCUUACACGCAAGGCUUUAAAAUCAACCGGCUUAGUGCUGCCACCAAUCCGUUAUGGCUACUUUCUGCCGCGGUGACCACGCCGCACUUUGCGGGCAAGUCGCAUACCACGCAGUCAUCACCAUACCAUCUGCGUGACAUUUCGCUACCACCGCUACCUUUCCCACGCUUCGUGGCGUUGGUCGAUCAAAAGCCAGGCUACCUUCUUGUUCGUGCCGUACCAUAG